GGGCGAGGCGAGCGGCGCGGCUGCAUCAUGGCGCUCUCCGUGCCCGUCAACGGGCUCAAGGAGGGCGACAAGGAGCCCGUCAUCGAGCUCUUCGUGAAGGCCGGCAGCGACGGGGAGAGCAUAGGAAACUGCCCCUUUUCGCAGAGGCUCUUCAUGAUCCUUUGGCUGAAGGGAGUGGUCUUUAGUGUCACAACGGUUGACCUGAAGAGAAAACCAGCAGACCUUCAGAACUUGGCUCCAGGCACUCAUCCCCCCUUUAUAACGUUCAACGGGGAAGUGAAAACAGACGUGAACAAGAUUGAAGAGUUCCUGGAAGAUGUUUUGUGUCCACCCAAGUACCUAAAGCUUUCACCAAAGCAUCCGGAAUCUAACACUGCUGGAAUGGACAUAUUUGCCAAAUUUUCUGCAUUUAUCAAAAAUUCUAGACCAGAGGCCAAUGAAGGCUUAGAACGUGGCCUCUUGAAAACCCUCCAGAAACUGGAUGAGUAUCUGAACUCUCCUCUUCCCGAUGAGAUAGAUGAAAAUAGCAUGGAGGAUAUUGCAAUUUCUACCCGCAAGUUUCUGGAUGGCAAUGAGAUGACAUUAGCAGACUGCAACCUGCUACCGAAACUGCAUAUUGUCAAGGUGGUGGCCAAAAAAUACCGCGACUUCGAGAUCCCCAAGAACAUGACGGGGAUUUGGAGAUACCUGACGAAUGCGUAUAGCAGGGAUGAAUUCACCAACACCUGUCCUGGAGACAAGGAAAUCGAGAUCGCUUACAGCGAYGUAGCCAAGAGACUCACUAAGUAACCAGCACUUGCAAAAGAGAUGACUUCUUGCAUAUCCCGUAACAAUGCUUCUAACAGACUGCUCUUCUCAUAUAAGAUAGCAAUUUUUUUUGCAUGAACUUGCAGUUAUUCAAAGUUAUGGUGGAUAGACCAGGUACAGUAAUUACCUAAAGUUUGCAGACUUUAAUUAUAGGCUUGUUUUUCCUUACCUCCUUUCGUAGCAAGUCUGAAUAUCAUUAAUGCAGUUAUGUUAAUAUUGCACAGGGGUAACGAUUCUUCAGCGUGAAGGGUUGUCCUGCCCCUGCUUUCUUUGCAAACAGUUGGUCCCUGUCUACGAAUUGGUCUAGGAUCCUCUCUUUCUGUAUGGUACAAGGAAUAUUUAUGUAUUUUGGAAUUUUUCGCUUUUCCAGAAGAUUUACACAGAGUUAUCAUUAUCUGUGAUGCAUUGGACUGUACCUGCUCAUCUAUGCCAUUUACAUGUGGAAGGGAGCUUAUUAUCAAAAAGAGCCAUUUGUAGAAUAUUUGGCAACAGCGCUUAAAUUUUCUUGGAUUUGAAAUCACAGGGAUGAUUAAGGACGGACCCAAAUGGGAAACCUGGAUUUGAACAACCUCAGGGCAGUUURAAUCUAGGCCUGAAAGCUACAGUGAGAAGCCAGUUAGUAUUURGCUGCAUGUCUUCCAAGAGCUUGAUGAGCUCCAAAAACGAAAAAGCAACACCAAAAAAUSAACCUCCAUUUGUCCCGAAUUCAGAGUUGUUGCAGAUGAAUAAUUAUCAAGAUGCCCUUUUACUUCAUGAAACCCAASGAGCAGGAUGCUUGCCGCCUGCUCACCUUAAAAAUCACAAGUGGUUCUUUUUGGUAGCUAAGAACCUUUGUUUCUGUGUAGUUCUUUCUGGCAAUAUUUACGUAGAAAAACCUGUACUGUCCUAAAUGAAGUACCUGUAAACACUAGUGUUCUAGGUGACAAAUGGCUACUGUAUGUGGUGAAUAGUAGUGCAAUGAUUAGUUGAUGUAAGAACACACACUUACAGCAGUUGAAGGUGGAAUCUUUCUAGGAGCUUUUUUAAGCUUUUCUCUUUUUUUUUUUUCCCCUAAAAAAAAAAGCUAAAGUGACCUUUAAAGACAGCAUUUGCCUUAACUUACAUUAUGCAUUUUUUUCCUGAGAGGAAACUUUUAGUAACUCUUGUAAAGCAGCGGGGCAUGGGAACCUGCUCCUUUGCGUUGGAUUGGAUCUUGGUUGCUUUUCUGUGUACCUGGACUACGAUUUUGCAUUGUCAUAAUCAUUGCACUACUAUACAUAAUCUUUUUACAGCAACACUGAGGAAUAGCACUACAAUUUUUUUAAAAGCAAUUUUCAAAUAUUUCUAAACCAGGGAAUAGUUUUCUUGUUUAAAAUUAAUGAUUUUGAUGCAUGAAAUAAACUGCUAGGUUAUUUUUUAAAGACCAUCACAAGCAACUCCAAAGAAUGCUAGACUUAUAUGCCUAUUUUUUUGUAAAGAUACUUUUAUAUUUAACUAAUUUUAGAAGCUGGAAAGUGCUAUUCCUUGUAGGUUGUUUUGGGAAUAUUUAACAUCCUGCAAUAACAUGAAAAUGCUCACAUAAACACUUUUAUACACUAAUUUUUUUGGUAAGCACUGGCUUUAUGAAAAACAGCCCGACUUUUCUAAGCGUUCUGCUUUUGCUACUUUAUAUACCCAUGAGGUUAGCUUGACAUAUAAGAGGUAAAGAUCCAUAUUUGUAUACAUGGCUUGUGGUGCCUUGUCUUGCCUUCCUAGAAGUAGAAUUCCCAUAUAAAGGCAAUUAGCAGUCCUGUUUACGUGGCUUUCGAAGACAACCAUAGAUACGUUUAGACCCUGUUACGGUUUAUUACGAGUAUAUAGGCACAGGGAAAAAGAAAUUCUGACGAGCAACCCGUUUAGGAAAAGCUUGACUGUAGCCGUUCCAUAAUUCCUGUAUUCCAAUGUCACGUUCCUCCUCCCGAAUAAAGUUCCUCAGCAGUAAUAAUCCUCUUCAGAGGUUCAGUCUUUGCUGUAACGUGACAUGUAGAAAGAGGAAUGGAUUCCUCUCUCGAUGGAUAAAAGCAGUUUUAUUCAAACACAGGGUGARGGAAAAACCUCAUUGCUCUGGUGCUUUUUGCCCUCGUACGGCCAACCUUUGCAAACAGAAAAUAGGAAGCCUUGCAGCCGUGGGCAUAGUUUUGGUGGAUUUCUAACUCUCUGUUGAAACCUAGGACAGGGUGGCCCUUGGAAGUCGUCUGAGGUUGCAGUAAUCAGGUCUCGCUCCUUUUAAAAACAAAUUAGCCAUUGUUUACACACGUUUCCUAGCCAGCCAGCGUGUGCACAGGGUCAGGAAAAUGCUUUCCUGCCGUUCUCUAGCGCGCACUGCCUGCAUAUCCACGCACACAAAGGCUUACCUUGUUGCGAUGCCAGGCUUGGUCUCUUUUAUAGAUAAUAUAUUCUCUCUAUUUUUAGGCAAUCUUCAAACAAUUGUAAUAUGUUCUACUCAGCACUGCGCAUUUUAAUGAUUGUGUCUGAAAGCUUGUAAACAAAGUUGAAGCUCUUGCUGCAACUAAUGGAUUUCUUAUCUCCGUACAGUGAAGUAUGAAGUGGCGGAGCCUUCCCCGUAUGGGUGCCAUUCAAAUGAGGACCAGGUUAGCAGAUUAUAAGGUGGUUACCAGGUCCUACGUGAGAGGAUUUGGUAUCUUCCUGGCUUCCUAUCGCACGGCUCAAGUCGUGUUGUAACAGGGGCCGGCCGGCCGCUCRCCGGCUUUCCCGGAGCCAGGAAUCUCGUGGACAAGGGACUGGUUUCCCCUCGCUAGGUGAUGCCUUGAGCUCAGCAGAGGUGCUGUGGAAAAGGCUCGGCGUCUGGUGUGGGCAGAGCGCUUUCAUCUGGCCCCAAUCACCAGCGCUACAUUAAUUAAAGAAAAACCCUUUCAUAACUAUGUAAAUUCUUGAGUUCUGUCAACUUGUUUACAAUCUGAUCUUUGAAUGCAUUUUUAAUUUCAUCAAACAGCAAUUAAUCUACCCCCUGUUUAAAUUUAAAACGAGGCUUCUAGCCCCUUCGACGCUGGAAAAAACAGCAGUUACCCUUUCAAGUAGGCAUUCCAGUUUGCGAGCUGCUUGCGUGUGUUAGCAUGCUGCCCAACUCGCUUUAUUCUCGAGCUGAAAGAAGCAAUCCGCAUUCAAGCAGGUGACGCGUGCGUCUCGGCACCGUAAAGGGAAAACCUAAAGGGAAAACCCGUCGCCUUGGCCCCGCUCCCGCGUGGGCGCGCGUGCGUGAUUCGUCCCUAACAAAGCGCUCCUUCUUGCCGAGGCUGCUGGCGUGCACAGAGCCGCCUGUUCACCGAGAGGCCUGAGAACUUGGGAGACAAUUUCACGCGCUCCAGAGCUCCCCUUUGCAUCUCCCGUUCGCUGCUGGCCUGCGCCGCCGUCCCGCACGCGCAGCUGCAGCCCUCUAGCUCGAGCGGUUGCAUUUUCCCAUAAAAUCGGUGUUUUUUCCGCAACGGGCAUGUCUAAACUGAUUGAGUGAGAGUUGCGUGCAAUUCCACGAUAAGAAGGGAGAUAUAAUCAAGUUUUUAUGCUAAAGUAGCAAAUUAGCAUUUCAUAUCAAAGGAACACAGACAUGAAUAAAUUGAAGAUGCUCGAGCCAAACCCACUGAUGCCUAUCUCGCUGUACAACAAAAAGUGGCUAAGUACAGUCAACUUUUUAUAACUCUUUGCC